AUGGCUUGUCAGAAGAAAACCGUCCCUUCCGGUAAGUACAUCAAAUCCGUAUUCGCAAGGAGCAUUUUCGAUUCUAGAGGGAACCCAACGGUUGAGGUGGAUCUCAUCACGGAUCUGGGACUGUUCAGGGCUGCCGUACCCUCUGGUGCUAGUACAGGGGUGCACGAAGCCUUAGAACUACGAGACGACAUACAGUCGGAAUACCUGGGUAAGGGUGUGUCCAAAGCCGUAGACAACGUGAACAACGCCAUCGGUCCCGAGCUGAUCAAGCAAGACUUCGACGUGACGCAACAGGAGAAGAUCGACCAGUUCAUGAUUGAUCUAGAUGGCACGGAAAACAAGUCAAAAUUCGGAGCCAACGCGAUCCUUGGCAUCUCCCUGGCCGUUUGUAAGGCUGGAGCUGCGAAAAGGGGUCUCCCCCUGUACAGGCAUAUCGCGGAUUUAGCUGGGAACAAGAACCUAGUGUUGCCGGUGCCGGCUUUCAAUGUGAUCAACGGCGGGUCACAUGCAGGGAAUAAGUUGGCCAUGCAGGAAUUCAUGAUUUUGCCCACGGGAGCCUCUUCCUUCAGGGAAGCUAUGAAGAUGGGCGCCGAAACUUACCAACACCUGAAGAAAGUCAUCAAAGACAAGUUCGGAUUAGAUGCAACCGCUGUAGGAGAUGAGGGUGGUUUCGCACCUAACAUCCAAAACAACAAAGAGGCCCUUGGCCUCAUCAACGACGCCAUCGCCAAAGCCGGAUACACCGGAAGGAUCGAAAUUGGAAUGGACGUCGCUGCCUCAGAAUUUUACAAAGAUGGUCUUUACGACAUGGAUUUCAAAAAUCCCAAAUCGGACAAAAAGAACUGGUUAAAAUCUGACAAGCUGUUCCAAGUCUACCAAGACUUCAUAAAAGACUUCCCAAUGGUAUCAAUAGAGGACCCGUUCGAUCAAGAUGACUGGGAUGCUUGGAGCAACAUGUUGUCCAACGUUAACAUUCAAAUAGUCGGCGAUGAUCUUACAGUGACUAACCCGAAACGUAUUGAUAUGGCUGUAGAAAAAAAAGCAUGUAACUGUUUGCUUCUGAAAGUCAAUCAAAUUGGCACAGUCACUGAGUCUAUAAAAGCCCAUUCACUGGCUAAAUCGAAUGGUUGGGGAACGAUGGUUUCUCACCGAUCAGGCGAAACGGAAGACACCUUUAUAGCGGAUUUAGUGGUGGGAUUAUCCACUGGACAAAUAAAAACUGGAGCUCCUUGCCGAUCUGAACGACUGGCCAAGUACAAUCAGAUUCUGAGAAUUGAGGAGGAGCUUUGCGCACAGGCUCGCUAUGCUGGAAAAGCCUUCAGAAAACCAUUGUAA